CUAUUUGCAAGAAAGACAAUAAUUACCCAAAGAAGCUUCAACUGUCCCGGAGAAAGAAGACUCAGAGCUGAAAAAAAAAGAAGAAAACGAAUAUGAAAGAAGAAAGAUUCAAGAAGAACCUAUACGCACUCGUUUUAUCUUUCUUCUCCUUCUUCCUCUGUUCCACUUCGGAUUUGCUCCUCCCACGUUCACCGUUAGCGAUUCUCGCCGGCGGGAGGUGGGAUCUCCUGCAGCCGAGUGUAGGCAUAUCGGCGAUGCACAUGCAACUCCUCCACAACAACAAAGUCGUCAUCUUUGACCGUACGGACUAUGGCCCUUCGAAUCUCCCUCUCCCUCCUCAAAUGUGCCGAAACGCCACCGUUUUCGACUGCUCUGCUCAUUCCCUCCUAUACGACGUCGCUUCGAACACCUUUCGCGCGCUCACUCUCCGUUACGACACGUGGUGCUCCUCCGGCUCCUUAAACGCCUCAGGCUCUUUGAUCCAGACCGGCGGUUACGGCGUCGGCGAACGAGCUGUACGUGUAUUCACACCUUGCGACGGCGUCGGUGGAAGCGUGUCUUGUGACUGGGUUGAGAACAGAGCGUAUCUUUCCUCUCGCCGGUGGUAUUCCACCAAUCAGAUUCUUCCCGACGGCCGGAUUAUCAUCGUCGGCGGAAGAAGAGCCUUCUCCUACGAAUUUUACCCCAAGAAUCCAGGAAAAUCCGUUUUCUAUCUCAGGUUCUUGGCGGAAACGAGAGACCCGAAGGAGGAAAACAAUCUUUAUCCGUUUCUUCAUCUUCUCCCCGACGGGAAUCUCUUCAUCUUCGCCAAUCGAAGAUCGAUUUUGUUCGAUUUCGUCAAUCACCGAAUCGUCAAAGAGUUUCCGGUGAUUCCCGGCGGCGAUAAACGGAAUUACCCCAGCACUGGCUCCUCCGUGCUCCUCCCUCUCUUUCUCACCGGAGAAAAUAACCGAUCGAAGAUAGCGGCGGAAGUUAUGGUCUGCGGCGGUGCUCCGCCGGGAGCUUUCUUAAAAGCGGCGAGGACGAUCCCUAAAAUCUUCGUCGGGUCGUCUCGCACGUGCGGGAGAUUGAAAGUGACCGACCGGAAUCCGCAAUGGGUCAUGGAGCAGAUGCCGUCGCCACGUGUAAUGCCUGAUAUGCUGCUAUUACCAAACGGUAACGUUUUGAUCAUCAACGGUGCGGCUAAUGGAACCGCUGGUUGGGAAGACGCCACAAACGCUGUUCUCAACCCGAUUCUAUACUUACCCGACGAGCCUGACCCGACCCGGAGAUUCGAAAUCCUCGCCCCAACUCGAAUCCCUAGAAUGUACCACUCGGCGUCUCUUCUUCUUCCCGACGGGAGAGUCUUAGUCGGAGGAAGCAAUCCUCACCGGAAUUACAAUUUCACGGCGAGACCGUACCCGACGGAGCUCAGUCUCGAGGCCUAUCUCCCGCGUUACCUCGAUCCGCAGAACGCGGGCGUGAGGCCGACGAUUCUCACGGUGGAGCUGGCCGGAAACAUGCUUUAUGGGAAGGCGUUUUCCGUUACGUUCGUGAUUCCGGCGUUCGGUAUGUUCAACGGAGAAGUCUCGGUGCGGCUCGUGGCUCCGUCGUUCAGCACGCACUCGACGGCGAUGAACCAGAGAUUGCUGGUCCUGCGCGUGAGGCGCGUGGCUCAGUUAUCUGUUUUCGCGUACAAAGCUGAUGUGGAUGGGCCCACUAACUCCUACGUGGCACCACCUGGGUAUUAUAUGAUGUUCGUGGUCCACCGUGGAAUUCCGAGUGUGGGUAUUUGGGUUAGACUUUGAAACUUAAUAGUUUUUGGAUAUUUUUUUGAAGAAUGUUGUAAAACAUUUUGUUUUGGUGAAAGUAAGAGAAUAAUGGAAACUAAGAG